GCAGAGGUAGAGCCGACUGUGUAGACCUCCGUAGUGAGCAGCCCAGGGAGAAGCCACGGGUGUCUUGGAGCUCCGCUGAAAUGAGCUGGCUCGCCUGAGCCUGUCCCAAGCCUGACAACCAGGUUUCAUCCCAGCGCUGAGGACCGGCUGAGCUCUUAGGGAACACGCAAGCGUGCGCACACACCAACGCGCAGAUGUACACGUACACGUACCCACACACAGCAACCCAAGGGAGACGGAAACAACAUUUUCAGGAAGAUGUUUUUUAAUCAUCCUGAGAAAAAUGAGCCUUGGCCUCCAGACACAUUAAAGCCAACCUCCCACCCAUGGAGAAUAGUGCUAGUUCCUGAGGACCUGGGGGGCCUGCAGCCCCAGGGCGAUUAGCCAGAAGCAGGUUCGUUUUCCUGCUUAAAACAGAGCUGCACAUAGCUUUCAUUAUGAUUCACACCAGCCUGAAGAAAAAAUUCAGCUACUGUGUCCUGGCCUUUUGCCUGUUCGCAGUCAUCUGUGUGUGGAAGGAAAGGAAGAAAGGGAGUUACUAUGCUUCCCUUAAAGUGCAAACCAAGGAAUUCCAGGAGCCAAAGAGCCUUGAGAAGUUGACCACAGGGUCUGGUUUCCGGGCUGUGCCAUCAAGCAGUACCCAGGCCCCCCACCGGCGCAGCCAGACCCUCAGUCCCCGGGUCCCACGCAAAGCCAAACCGCAGCCUACCUUCCAGGUGUGGAACAAGGACAGCUCAUCCAAAAAUCUUGUCCCCAGGCUGCAAAAGAUCUGGAAGAAUUAUCUACGCAUGAACAAGUAUAAAGUAUCCUACAAGGGCCCAGGGCCAGGCGUCAAGUUUAGUGCAGAUGCCUUGCGCUGCCACCUCCGGGACCGUGUGAAUGUGUCCAUGGUAGAAGCCACAGAUUUUCCCUUCAAUACCUCUGAAUGGGAGGGUUACCUGCCCAGGGAGAACAUUAGGACCAAGACUGGGCCGUGGCACCGGUGUGCCGUUGUCUCAUCAGCGGGAUCUUUGAAGUCCUCACAACUGGGCCAAGAAAUAGAUAAUCAUGAUGCAGUCCUGAGAUUUAAUGGGGCACCCACGGCCAACUUCCAACAAGAUGUGGGCACGAAAACUACCAUUCGCCUGAUGAACUCUCAGUUGGUCACUACAGAGGGGCGCUUCCUCAGGGACAGUUUGUACAAUGAAGGAAUCCUGAUUGUGUGGGACCCGUCCAUGUACCAUGCAGAUAUCCCAAAGUGGUACCGGAAUCCCGACUACAGUUUCUUCAACAACUACAAGAGCUAUCGCAAGCUGCAUCCCGACCAGCCCUUUUACAUCCUCAGACCCCAGAUGCCUUGGGAGCUGUGGGAUGUUCUUCAGGAAAUCUCCCCAGAAGAGAUCCAGCCAAAUCCCCCAUCCUCUGGGAUGCUCGGCAUCAUCAUCAUGAUGACGCUGUGUGACCAGGUGGACGUAUAUGAGUUCCUCCCGUCCAAGCGCAAGACCGACGUGUGCUACUACCACCAGAAGUUCUUCGACAUCGCCUGCACGAUGGGUGCCUACCACCCACUCCUUUUUGAGAAGAAUAUGGUGAAGUACCUCAACGAGGGCACAGACGAGGACAUUUACCUAAUGGGGAAAGCCACACUGUCUGGCUUCCGGAACAUUCAUUGUUGAGCACGGGCUCCUGGUCAGGCACCCUCGUUCUUCUCCAACAGUCACUUCGUGGCUGGUCCUUGGCCACCCCAGCCUGGCAGGACCAUUUUCAGGAGUAGUCUCAGCCAGCUGAUGAUGCGCUGGGGAUUCUGGUCAGCAGGAGCUCUGGGGCUUCCAGAGUUGGAGCAGAGGGACCAGGCCCCGCCUUCCCUGUAGCCACAGAGCUUGUGAGCCCAGCCUCCAGUCACACACACAGACACACACUUCACGUCCUUUGCACACAGCACCCUCCCCUCUUUACACAUAGGUAGAUGCAAGAUCUACCUUUUCCACUCAGGCUGCCGAAGCUGGAGGUGUUUUUCUCACAAACCAGCAUUCUAGGUUGCUUGAGAUCUCUACCUAGGUACUGAUGUUUUAAAGAAGCUCCCAAAUCAUGAUUGUGCCAGGUGCAGGGUGGUUCCGGAGGUGGGGAGCAAGUAGUGUGAGGUGUUGGAAACAUCUCAAUUCCUCCAGAACAAAGUUGCUCCCAGUGGCCCUGCUCCCAGGACACGAUGCUGUCACCAGUCUGGCUGGCUGGGCUUGCCCUCAGCUGGCUGUUCAUGAGCAAAGAGCUUAUUAACCCUUUUCCCUCUCUAUGCAGAGAAGAAAGUGUCUGUCCUCAAGUGGUUGGCAAUGUCGUGUGACAGAGACGUCUAACAGGCACUAGUGUGCUAACAGUCAUUGAACUGGGAGCAGUGGGGUGUGGGGAGAGAUGAGACUGCUGUCCACGUGCCCAGGAGGCACACACUGUAUACUGCAUUUGUGGGUCCUAGAAGGCUGGACUGGACCUAGGGGAAGAGAAGAAACAUGUCAAGUAGUUUUCACUUGAGUCACUUCACUUUCCCUUUCUUCUUCUAUCAUCAGUAUUUUAUUCUCCAAAAUCUGCUGGAAUGUAAAGGCUCAAGGGUUUGUUUUUGUUUUUGUUUUUUUGAGGAAGUCUCCUACCUAUAUUGGCAGUAAGUGUAGUCCCAUGGGAGGCAUCAGACAAAGCAGAGCCCCUGAACUCUGUUUUCUGCAGGUUCGGCCUGGCCUGACCCUUUUCAUCCAGUAGAGAUUAUGUACUGUAUUCCAGCCCUUCCUUUUUAAUGCCUACACCCCAAACCUCUUCCUAUCUGCUAUCAUUUUAAGCCCUUUUAUUGUCCCCUUCCUAAUUACUUUCAAUCAUAUUUUACUUUGAAAGUAUCCUGAUCUCAUUUUCUUUGACCCCCAUGAGCCUUUUGCAAAAAGGUCCCUUAGGGAGUGGGGGGAAUGUGAUUCUCUAGGAUUUAUAUCACUCUGAGAGGUCAGAACCCUGGAGAUCGCAACUGACUCUCAGAAGGUCUGAUGUGUAUGGAAUCAGAUUGCCACACUUUCCACCCUGUCCUGGCGAGGGAGCAUCGUGAGAGUCCCUGGAUGGUGGCUGCCCAGUGUGGUUUGCAAGUAUCCUCCUGAGAUGUUCUUGCUGUUCCCUUUCCAUUUGGCCCCCAUGUGGAGAAGUUCAAUGAUUUGCUCAAGGUCACAAAGAAAGGAUGUAGAGCCAGGGCUCUUAGAAUGAGCCCUCUGGACUCCCACGUGCUGCAGGGUCUACAGUGGUUGAGCUCCAGACCAAGCAUCUUGGAAUUGGAUACUCAUCUGCUGCCACUCCCUUGGCCUCUGUAGGCAGGAGAAAAAGCCCUGGAGUGAGAAGCUUUAGGUUUAUAAAUUGAUGCUUCCCUACUUAAUUGCUGUGGCACCUUGGGAAAAUCCUCAUCCCUGUUUCCAUGUCUGAAAAAUUAGAGUGAUGAUCCUAUCUUAUGGGGCAAUUACGAAGAUUGCAGAAAAGUAAUUGUAUUAGAUAGUGCUCAAUACAUGCUGGCUUCCUUCCCUCUUUUCUUUCUUCCUUCAUGAGGAGCUCACACCUGGGCUGGACCAUGCUGCAGUGGAGAAUGGGGUGGGAGAGAGGAGCAGAGGGUCUGUCUUCAGGAAAUUUGCUGUUGUAUUGGGAGACAACAACUGCUCCUCUUGGGACAUCUGAGAAAACACUCAAGUCUAUGGGCGUGCAGAGCCUGUUCCUCCUCGUUGCCUGCAGGUCAGAUCAACUCUGCUUGGGAAAGAGUGGAGUACUUGGGAUGCUGGACUGCUGUAAAGGAGACUCCUUAUCCAUCUUUGAGCCCCUGAAUUCCCGGAUUAUUUGAUGCCCUGAGUUGACACACUCAUUGUAACUCUGUGUCAUGGCCACAGAGUGUCAAGAAAGGUGGCACCAGCAGGAGAUAUGUGUCCUGUGUGGAGACUGAGACUACACUAGGUAGAACCUAGUUUUUAAUUAUUAUUACUAUGAGAUUAAAUUAAUUUAUGAUUCUGAAAUCUGUCGAACUUUGAAUUCUAUGCUCUGUAAAUGUGGAAAUCUUUGUAAAAUGCAAAUUAGAUGUGGAUAUAAUUGUAAGUCCCCGGUGUUUAAUGUUUUUGACAGAUAAUUUGAAGACUGUGUCUGAAUGCUGCAGGAAAGCCUAUCUGUGUGGGGUUCUGUCUUCAGUAGCCAUUGAUUCCUUCUGUAUCAUGAGGUCCUCUCUAAUCCUUCCACCAAUCGAAUAAGCUGUGGCUCUUGGUUUGGAGUUGAGACUGCAGUCUCAUCAGAAACUUCUGAAAUAUGCCUAAGCUAAUUCUGAAUUACCCAAAGAUUAUGUACAUUUUUAAAAUAAAGGUGAUUUUUAAAAUG